AUGAUAAAAUCCCUUUUAUUCUUAGCAACUUUUGUUGCUCUGGCUCAAGGCGAGCCUUUGACAAAACCACAUCCUGAUUGCCCACCAGAUGGUCACUUCCUUUUACCUCAUGAGUAUUUAUGUACAAAAUUCUAUUACUGUGAAAGAGGUGAGAGGUUCAUAGAACCAAGAUCAUGCGCUGCUGGCACCGAGUUCUCGUUCGAAAUGCAGGUGUGCAUCUUCCCGUUUUUGGCUAACUGCACAUUACCAGGAUUUCCACCAAGUGACGCUCCACCGACUGAAUCCCCUAUCACCCAACCUCCCACUCAACCUCCAACCCAACCUCCCACUCAACCUCCAACCCAACCUCCCACUCAACCUCCAACCCAACCUCCCACUCAACCUCCAACCGAAGCUCCCACUCAACCUCCAACCCAACCUCCCACUCAACCUCCAACACAACCUCCCACUCAACCUCCAACCCAACCUCCCACUCAACCUCCAACACAACCUCCCACUCAACCUCCAACCCAACCUCCCACUCAACCUCCAACCCAGGCUCCCACUUCACCACCCUCACAAGGUACUACUGAUUGUGAGAGGUUCGAUAAUGGCUGCCCUGUAGACUUUACCAUCGACGAAUAUUUUGAACACGAAACUUCCUGCAGAAUCUUCUAUCGUUGCGUCUUUGGUGAAAGGGUUCAACAGCGAUGCCCCCGUGGUACUGUCUUCAAUGUCCGCAUUCCGGGUUGUGACCAUCCUGGCAGUAUCAACCGCGUUUGUCUCGACGAAGACUCUUCUGAGGAAGAUGUUCCGGUAAUUGAUGACGACAGAAUUGUGUUCUUACCAAACGGUUGCCCCGCUGAUAAACGUGUCUGGUUCCUUCCACAUGAAAGAUACUGCAACGUUUUCUACCAGUGCGUCAACGGUGAAAAAUUGCAGAGUGUAUGUGCUGCUGGAACUCACUUUAAUCCUGUAUCUCGGAGCUGCGAUCACAUCUUCAACGUCAACUGCCAACUUCCUGGUGGUGACUUCGUGGUUACUACCCCUGCGCCAACUCCCGCCCCACCGACCACUGCUCGUCCCAUACUUGGUCCAAAUGGUUGUCCUGUAGAUACAAAUAUCCCCUGGCAUGUGCCCCAUCAAGAUUGCAACUUGUUCUACGUUUGUGACCAUGGUAACCUGGUAGUGAUGCAAUGCCCCGGUGGACUACACUUCAACCCUACUACACAGGUCUGCGACAAUCCAGCCACAGCCGGUUGUGCUAACGGUCCUUGCGCUGGCAAUGUUCAAUGCACCAGUACCGCCGCCCCACCAACCUUGCCACCAGCUCCAGUUACAAGCCCCACAACCCCUGUACCAACUCCAGUUACAAGCCCCACUACCUCUGCACCAGCCCCAGUAACUACUCCUGCACCAGCUCCGGUCACAAACGCCACUACCUCUGCACCAGCCCCAGUAACUACUCCUGCACCAGCUCCGGUCACAAAUGCUACUACCCCUGCACCAUGGCCGGUCACUAAUGCCACUACCCCAGCACCAGCCCCAGUCACUUCUCCUGCACCGGUCACAAACGGCACUACAAUUGCACCUCCCCUGUUCUUCCCAAAUGGAUGUCCUACAAACCAUAGCAUUCACUGGCUAGUGCCCCAUGAAGAUUGCAGUAAAUUCUACUACUGCGUCUAUGGCAACCUGGUAGAAAGGGAUUGUCCCCCUGGAUUACAUUUUAAUCCUAUUGUACAGGUUUGCGACUACCCAGAAGUAGCCGGUUGCAGUAAUGAUACGAGUAUUAAUAACACCACCCUCCCAUCAACUACGACUCAAGCUCCGAUCGCACCGACCACUCCAAGCAAUGGGACUUUGAAUGACCCAGAUAAUGAUGAUGAUUGCACCGACACAACUGAACAAGAUAGGAAGUGUGAAGAAGAAUGCCACGUCCUUCCUUGGGCACAUGAGGACUGUGACAAAUUCUGGGUUUGUUAUGACAACAAGGCUAGAUUAGUUACCUGCUCGAACGGUCUAUACUUCAACCCCAGCAUCAACAGUUGUGAUUUUGCUUGCAAUGUUGACUGCGACAGCUUGAGAGUCCGCAUCACUCCACACCACGCUGGACUGGAGAUGUACAUCCCAUGGCAUAAACUCGACAAUCAAGCCAAACAGUUGUUAAAAUUGAUUAAUGAAAAUUAA